AGACGGACCUGACCUCGCAGUAAAAGGCCUAAGCUUUCUAAAAAGAAAAAGGUCUUGUAUGACGCACUAGUCGCUGUGCUUUUUCAACUGACGUAUUUAGGCGUCAGCAUCUCAACAAUAAAGUACCACUAUACCGUGUAUUACCGCGCGUAUUUCGUUAACAUCAUCAUCAUCGCCGCCGCCUUGUGGGUACUCUCCCACUCGCCAUCUUUCGAAAAGGGAAAGUGGAGGAGAGAAGACGUCGUCAUCCGCAACGGAAGUUAUUGGGAAUUGCAUUUCUGCCCUCUGCGUCAUCGUCGUCGUUUUCUGCUGGUGCCGCCUCAAAAAAGAAAAAGUAAAGAAAAAACUUGUGUGAUGCUCCUUAUGAUACAGUAGUACUGUUAUCAUGUAGCGUCUACGGAGCUCACUAACCCGCUCAUCACCACCACCAACUCCUCGAUGGAGUACUCCCUCUUCGCCCUCCUCGCUAUUCUCCUCGUCAUCCCUGUUGUGCUCCUUGUCAUUUACUUACGCGGUCGGGCGGAGCGACGGUCCCGCCGCGACAACCGCCGCCGCCUGAACGAUCUCGUUGAGUUCUAUCGGGCACGUCGGGCACAGCAGUGGGCCGCGCUGUCCGCCGAUGGCGUGCCGGGCAUUGUCCUGCGGAACGCAGUGGACGCAUCGGUAGAUCCGCUGCGUCGCGCCCCUCCGUCGACCUUUGCGGAGGCCGCGCCAGGAAAUUGGAGUGGCGUGAGCGGAGGAAGCUACGAGGGAGAUGCUACCAACAUGAAUAAUAUCGGACAAGAUUCUCGUGGAGAGGCGUUGGAGGCGGGUACGCCGCCGCCGUUGCAGCAGCAGCAGCGACGUGCCUCGCCGUCUCCGUCGAUGCAACAGUCUGUGGAGGUGCACGUACCCUACGGUGGCGGCGAUGCCCGCGGAAGACGUGCAGGUGAUCGGAGCAACAACGACCGCCCCACGGAAGAGGAAGACGAGAAUCAUGUUAGCGGUGUGAUGGGCAAACUACUGGCAAUGGAGAGCGAUGCCGCUGAUGCGAUGCCGACCAUCGUGGAGUACGGCGAGGCGGCCUAUCUUCCUCGCUCUUUGUCCAACAAGAGUAGUCGACAACUUUCGGUCUCCUCGGUGUUCGUGGAGAGUGAAUGCGCCGUGGAGUCUGCGUGUGAUUCGCACCGUCCCUUGACGCCGUCUGAAGAUCACGUCGGGCUCUGCAAAAGCUAA